GUAGGCUACAAGGUAUCAAUGUAUCUCUCUGUUUGCACCAGGUUUGUCUGAGGUCCUAUCAGGCCCACUGGCCCAGAGGUAUGAACAGCACCCAGUCCAGCCCUGUCGCCUUCUUCAUCAUCCAGGGCCUGGCCAGUCUGGGGGAGAAGAAGAUGGUCCUGUUUAUCAUAUUCCUGCUGGCCUACAUCAUCAUCCUAGGUGGAAACAUCAUGAUCAUCUACCUGGUCCGGACCGACCCGACGCUGGGCUCCCCCAUGUACUUCUUCCUCCACAACCUGUCCAUCGUGGACAUGAUUUACACAACAGUCACCAUCCCCAACAUGUUGUCAGGCUUCCUGACUGAGGUCAAGACUGUGUCCGUCCCCGGCUGCUUCCUCCAGAUGUACUGUUUCAUCCACAUGUCUGUUACUGGCCGCGCUCUGCUGACCACUAUGGCCUAUGACCGCUAUGUGGCCAUCUGUAAUCCUCUCCGCUAUGCCGCUGUGAUGACCCGCCCCAUCUGCCUGCUACUCAUCAUUGGGGCGUGGACCUUCGGCGCCAUCUGCACCUUCCCAAACACUAGCAUGGCAUUGCAGCGUUCAUACUGUGGACCCAACGUGGUGCGCCACUGCUGGUGCGACCCGUCCUCAGUGAGGCUGCUGGUGUGUGGGGACACUCAGGUGGACAGCAUCGUGUCACUGUCUUUUGCCCUCAUAGCGCUGCUCACCACGGGUGUGCUCAUCCUCACUUCCUACAUCCUCAUCGGUGUGAAGAUAGCUAAAAUGGGCGCCGCAGAGCGACUGAAGGCGUUUAGCACCUGUGCCGCCCACCUGACGGUUGUGUCCAUUUCUUACAGCUCUGCCUCAUUUGUCUACAUCUCCUACCGUGUGGGAAACUUCUCUCCAGAGGUGCGUAUCAUCGUGUCGGUGCUGUACUCGGCUCUGACUCCUUUCCUGAACCCGAUGAUCUACAGCCUGAGGAACAAGGAGCUGAGAGCGGCCUUCAAGAGGGCCUUCUGCCGACACAGAGACGUCUCAUCGCGGGACCGCAAAACACUCAGCACACUGUCCUGACAGCAAAACAUUCAAUACAAUCUCCUUUAAAAUAGAUUAGUAUGGGCUAAAAAGAGUGAUAAUUUUCAGAGAUUCCAAAAUAAUUCCAAUUAUUGUUUGUUCUUUGGAAGGCAGAACAGCUAAAUGUUUCAUUAUCAUGCACUUAUAAACGAAACCGAACAAUAUUCGUGUUAACCAUUUGGUUCAUGGUGUAGGUUACACAACUGUAUACAACUGUUUAAUAGUUUUAAGUUUAUUGAUAAGAACCACAAAAAUGAAAUAACAACUAUACAGUCCUGUUCAAUCGCAUUGUACAACUACCAGAUACAGUACUAAAUGGUAUGCGAUUAUACUUGUUUUUAAUCAAUACCAAAGAAACAACAGUAAUUGUUAGGUGAUUAUUGUGUAAUUACAAUCUCGCAAUAUUAUUUCUAAAUAUCAGGGAAAUAGCACACUGUCAAAUAAAGUGUACCAACAGAUUUUGUUUUUUUGCCUCUGCCUUCUCUGUAAGCAUCACAAAUUAAAAUAAAACUUUGCACAAUAAAAUAUUCUAUGAUGGUUUGCACGUGGAAAUUAAAUCUAUAAAUGAUUAAUGGAACACCCCCCAAAACGUUGCACCACCUAAAAUAAAUGUCAGUUUGAAAACAUACAGUAGUGUUCUUCCUAGUUAUGUAUUUUACAGUAGAUUUGCAUUAUGCCAGGAAUUAAGAUUUUUUUCCAUCAGUACUAACCCAAACCGGGGCAGCUGUAUGUUUUAAUUGUUACAACAUGCUUUGAAUCUGCAUACCAUCAAUGAAAUAAUGGCUCUCAGCUAAUGUUAGGGUCCAAUUCAACAGAACCCUUACAGGUCCCUCAGGUGGUGGUUGAGAAGAAACUCCACCCUUGUUUUAUGAACGCCACACACAUACACUGCAGUUCUCAUUAUAUUAUAUAUUAUUUAUUUUCCCAUCAGAUUUAACACAAAAUCCUGCGUCUACCUUGGCUCUUUGAACACCCUAAAUAUCCUCUGUUUAAUCUCUUUAGUCUGUAAACCAUAUAUUACGUGGUUGACACAGGUAGGGACCACACUACCCAGCACACUAUUCAGUUUGUGCAGGUCUGCAUAGGCUAGGAAGCGAUGGAGGAUGAUAAUGGUAAACCCACAUCCCAGCACAAUAUGGUAGACCAAUAAGCGUGUGCUACAGGUUGUCAGGACCUUGCUGUUUAAAGAGCUGUUCUACUACUCAGACAAACAAUGGCAAUCUUCAGAUAGUCGAGACUGAUGCAGCCUAUGGACGAGACAAACAGCAUAACAGUAAAGGUUAAGACAUAUAUGUUAUUUAUAAACCCGGUCUC